AUGGAAAAAGAGUCAUGGGAUGGCGGCUUUCGACGUCGCCUCCCUGCGUAUGAUGCUGGUGUUGGUGGUGCAUCUUCGCCGGCUGGACAUAUGCAUCAGCCAGGCAAGCCCAUAGGGUUCUUGGCGGCUCGCAACACGCCAUAUGCUAAAAAGGUCUUAUCGAAACGGCUUCUCUUGUUUACACUCUUCGGAUUGCCUUUGAUUAUUAUAUUCAACCUAUUUUUGAUUUGCAUUCCGAUCUUAUGGGGCGUUGCAAACCACACAUUGGCCGUGUCUGUAAUGCACAUAUAUGCAGCGAAUAUCACACAACCCUCGGACCAAGGCUUUGUCCUUACCAUGGAGGGCCAAGUGAAGAAGGCGGGUGUGUUUCCGGCGCAGCUUUAUUUCCGUGAGCCGGUAUAUGUGACGUGGAAUACUGUGCCCACGACGGAUCAACCGAUGCGUGAGCUGACUUUGGGUCACUUUCCCCUUGAGAGAAUUGGUGUGGCAGCUGGUCACGGACGUCUCAAACAGCUCACAAUGUUCAACAUUACGGACUUGGCCGGCUUUACUGAAUUUACCAAGUACAUGAUCGGAACGAAGGAAUUUACCUGGCGGUUGACAUGUAACAAUGUACAUAUUGAGGCUUUUAAUUUCCUGCCGACGUUCAAAAACCUCAAACUCACAAAGGAUGUGAUAUUCAAUGGUAUGGACAAUUUCGAGAAUGUCAAAAUUAUCGAUUUCAAGCUGCCAGGUGCAGAUCCGCAAGGAGGCAUUACAUUUGAAGCGCUUACUCAAUUGGAGAAUCCUUCUCCAUUUGGUAUCCAGCUUGGCAUCUUGAACCUUGAUUUGUUUGCGUAUGAUCAGUUGCUUGGUCCUGGCAUGUCUUCCAUGUUAAAUGUCACACCUGGAGUCAAUUACGUCACUCUACGUGGUCGAUUGCUUCCUCAAACGAACAACCAAUCUGCUCUGAGUAUUCUCGGUAAUAUAUUCACCCAGUAUAUCAACUACGAAAUUACGCCCACUGUUGCAGUGGGUAGAAAUGUGACUUUACCGGAUGGAAAUGGCGCUUCAUGGCUGGCAGAGGGCAUCAAAGUGCUUCGAAUCAAUGUGCCGUUCCAGGCGCCCGAGCCGAUACAUCCAAUCAAGAGCAUCCUGAUAAAGAGAUUCAAUCUUACGUAUGGCCCACAUUCAAAUGCGUACGGCCCUGAUGCUUCCUCCGACGCUUUAAGCGCGGAGCUUGCUUUGCCGUUUGGCUUCCCUCUGCGUGUUAUUUCAACAACGAAUGAAAUCACCAUUGUCGACGAAAAAAACAAUAAACCUAUCACUACCGUGAAUGGAGUCAAGUCACCAGCUGAGACUGAUCUGAACGUGGUUUCUACGGACCAGACUGAGGGGACUAUUUACCUCACUCUCAAUCCGAGUUCAAUGUCCUUGCCAGAGCAAAGUGAUGAGGCUCGUCGAGAGUUUGAAAUGUUCCAGAAAGAGUUCACGUUUACGAAGGAAGAUAUAAAGCUUUUUAACGGCUCUUCAAGGUCGCUUUCAGAAACGCCGGUUGGAACGGUGCUUCUAAAUGGAAUCAAGUUUUCCGUGGAAAGCGGUCUGCUUGGUCUCCAAGGCUUGAACCAAUACCCGACGCUUAUUCUUGGGGUCGAUGUAGUUGGAGGUACUCGUGCCAACAUCAAUCUCAAUGUGAAUACGUCGAUCUAUAAUCCAUCAAAUGUGAACCUAGGUGUUGGUGAUACUACAUUGCUUAUGGUCUAUGAGAUUGUUGUGGGUUCUGUGACUAUUCCAAACAUGAGGCUGAACAUCGGAAACAAUACGUUGCAGGCAAUGUCAAAGUUCAAUCCUAAUGCUGGUCCGCAAGGUUUAGACAUGUUGAAUCGCUACAUUUCUGGCUUGGAUACACACCUCAAUAUCAGUGGCUAUGAAGAUUCAACACACAUUGCGUCAUUGAAGCCAGCUUUUUCGGCCGUUCGCGUCAAUACAACUUUGCCUGGACUGAAAACGAAGCUAGUUCAAAGUGCCUCGCUCAAAGUACUUGAGUCAACCGGAAUAACGGACGAUGUGGCACAAACGCAAGUGUCUUUGGACAAUCCAUUUACUUCUCCCAUCAGUAUUACUCAUAUUGUGUCGAAUGUAACUUCUCAUGGUCUUUUCCUCGCUUCUCUCGACACGGACACGCAAUACGACGCGUCUGGGAAAGGCAUUUCCAAGUCGCCUCUGAUGAACCUGCACAUCAACUUGUUCCCGCCUGACCUGUUUGCUCUUGUGCGUCGUUAUGCAUUAAAUGCCGGCGAAAGCGUUGAACAACUUGAUGGGAUCAUGAAAAUCGGCGGUUAUACGUACUCUGAAACUACAGAUGCAAAUACGCAGCCCACAGGAAGUUCAGGAAACCAGCGCCGGUAUAUCGAGGACAAAGAAACGGGGCCUGAAACACUUGAGGAGAGAGAGCGAGCCCUUGUCAAGCGCAAACAAAACAUGUACACAAACUUCAACAUUGCGAACUUUGUGGAUAAGGCUUUCACGAAAGCAGCUGUUGAUCUUGAUAUCGUUUCGACAGCAAGUAUUGGCGACUAUGAGACUAAGCUCUCGUUUGUGCAGUCGGAUGUCAAAUUGGAAACCGAUGACUCAUUGCAUCUUCUUCUUCCCGUGCUUGCUAAGCCCAUUGUCCAAAAAAUUGUCGAUGGAGCUGUUCUUGUGGUUAAGCGUGUGACGAUUUUGAAUCCACAGCAGAAGUCAUUCAUAACGCGUUUGAUUGGCUCGAUCACAAACUCAGGGCCUUUCGAUGCAACAAUUUCGUUUCCUGAUGGACUACAGGUGUCAUGGAAUAACAAAGUUCUGGGUCAGAUCAAGAUGCCUGACAUAAAGCUUGAAGCCGACGAGGGUGCUCAACUGAAUUUAUCCGCUGACUUCGCUGUUGCUGAUGUUGAUGCCUUAACAGAGUUUACUAAAUUUUUGGUAACGGAACCCAGCUUUAUUUGGACGAUUCAGGGCCAGAAUCUCGCCAUCACAGCACUUGGUAUCACUGUAAAAGGUGUAUCAAUUUCAAAAAAUGUCAUUUUAACUGGCCUGAAUGGUCUGAAAAAUGACGUCAAAGUACUUGACUAUGAUCUUCCUUCAAACGAUCCUGCUGGUGGCAUUCAUCUGAUGGCGCAGUCGCAGGUUGUGAAUCCUGCGCAAGUGGGUAUUGAGCUGUCCAGGUUCGGAAUCAGUAUUUGGAGCAAUGGGACAAACUUAGGUCCAGCUUACGCUCAACGCCAGUUCACUUUGGCGCCACUUUCUGAAACGUAUCUACCGCUCGAGGGUCGCUUGGUGCAUCAGUCAAGUGAUAAGGAUCUAAAGGUGUUAUCACAAAUCUUUACUGAUGUCGUGCAUGGCAAGGAAGUACCCGUCGAGAUUCACGGCGAAUAUGCUGGCCCUUCUGAUGUAACCUGGCUGAACGCAGGUAUCAAGGCUCUCAAGGUAUCAGCAGUGCUUCCUGCCAAGCAUUUCAAUGUUAUCAAAGGCAUCGAUAUCAAUCAAAUGACGCUAAUGUUUACAAAGCAGUCUGCUUGGGCCCCCUUAGCAAGUACAAACAAUACAGUGGCUCCCUUCUAUUUGCCUUUCGGUUUCCCUAUCGACAUCAACCGUGCAGGCGGUAGAUUUAUUGAGCAGUACCAAGGCGCCGACAACGCAGCGCUGAAUGUUCCAUACUCCCCGGCAUAUACCCAGGUUCAAGCUCGAAUCAUGACGCUACAAUUCAAGAACGUGAAAUUCGCAGCCUUUUCAAACGGACACGGUAAAUUUUCUCAAUUCAUUGCAGACGCCACAAAGCAAUCUUGCGUCAAGUUUGUUCUGCACGGCGCAGCCAAUGCGAAGGCUGAAACUGCUGCCGGCUACGUGACUGUGUCAGACAUUCCAUUUCAUGUCUCCACGUCUCUCUUAGGUCUUCAGAACCUGAAUGCUCGCCCCGCAUAUGUUGAGGACCUUGAUGUGGCUCAUGGGUAUCCUAAGUACUUGCUGGUUACGAUCAAUGCAUUCCUUUACAACCCGUCUCAUCUUACCGUUGGUACAGGCGAUGUGAGCUUUAACCUGUUUUUCCAAAACCAUUUGAUUGGUUCGGCUAACAUCAAUGAUCUUGUAAUUCAUCCAGGCUUGAACAAAGUGCCGACAAAUGUACAUUACUCGCCACAGGGUGCAGCAAAUACUCGUGCGGGACAAACUAUGCUAGAAAACUAUGUGCAGGGAAUUUCGUCGACCACUUACAUUCGCGGUUCUAAAGGCACUACGGAUAUUGCCUCCCUAAAACAGGCUUUGUCAGGUAUUGAGCUCAGAGUAACGAUUCCGCCAUUGAAGAAACUCCUGAUCACCGAAGAUCAACUGGUGAUUCCAAAAGACAUUGCUCAGACAUCCAUCGCACAAGCAAAGUUCCAGUUGGCCAAUCCGUUUACUGCUAGUAUUAAUCUGCUCAAAGUCAAAGCCAAAGCCUCAUAUAAAGGCAUAUACUUGGGAGUCAUUGAUGCCGACCUGCACAAGAAUCCGAUCCGAGCACCUGGGCAUAAAACUAUCACUUCUCGUAUGCUUCCUCUUAAGAUGGACCUUGAGCCAAAACACUUGAUUCGAUUUAUUGAACAAGCCGCAUCUGAUACCGGCACCGACUUAGGUCCGCUGACCUCCGAAUUUAACAAAGUGAUGGCGAUGCGAAGUACCAAGACGACCAUUCAGCCUUAUCCUGACUCGAACCCACCGAACUGUCACUCCGGUCGUCAGUUUGAUGUCUUCGGAGCUGUAUUCAGCCUUUUGAAAGGACUCAAAGUCACGCUUGACAUUCAAUCAACUGUAAAACUUGAUGAUUAUCAAACAAAUCUGAACUUCAAGCAGGAGCCAGUUCCAACAGAUACGGACGAUACAGCCUUGUAUUUGAUCGGGCCUGUAGGUGCUCCAAUCGUGCAGAACAUUGUCGAUCAAGCGCAGCUCACAUUCAAGGCUGCGACAGCAAGCAGGCUCACGAACGAUGGUUUCCAUGUGGCCCUAGACGGUUCACUUGUCAACACUGGGCCCUUCGAUGCAGUGAUCGAAUUCCCCGAAGGCGUUUCUGUGGAUUGGAAUGGCAAGGACAUAGCCAAAGUGUACCUCCCACCAGUUUGUGCCUAUGCAAAUGAAGGUGUCCCGAACUACAAAACACAAGGAGAAUUGAAAAUUACCGAUCAGUCUGGGUUUACUGAAUUUACCAAGUAUAUUCUGCACAAUAAGCAGUUCAAGUGGACAAUUCACACGAACAAGCUACGUGUACGUGCUCUGAAUAUUGUGUUCAGUGAUGUAAAAAUUUCGAAAGACGUUUCCUUUGAUGCAUUCAACAAUCUUCCUGGGGUGGCUAUUACGUCUUUUGACAUCCCAGGUGAGACAAGCAAUGCCCUCAAAAUUGUCACAGGCACAACAAUUCCAUCUCCUGCCAGUCUUUCAAUCGAUCUCGAGACUGCUAACUUCAAGAUUUUCUUCAUGAAUCGUUACCAGGGACCGAUCCACGCUUCUAAUCUUUUCUUGAAAGGUCAUGCGACCACCUCGGCUCAGCUGAAUGGAUUUAUAACUCAUAAAAGCGGCAGCACCGAUACCAAUGUGACUGGUGAACUGUUUUCAGGCUACCUUCAGGCAAAAAACCAGACACUUAGCAUCCAAGGCGAUUCAGUUGUUACAAAGGAAAACGGUAACAAGCCCGUGACAUGGCUUAGCAAUGCCUUCAAGACUCUGACACUCAAAGUUAUUCUUCCCGGCAAGAUUUAUGACAUCGUCAAGUCUGUCAAGAUUAUUGAUUUGUUCGUUACUAUGAUGAAUCAAAGAGAUACUUGGGCUCCUCUCACUGGCUCCAAUCUCACACUUGCUACAUUUGCAAAUCCCUUCCAUUUCACGCUCAAACCAUUAAAAGCAGGGUUCUCCUCCGUUCUUGUGUACAACAACAAGGACGCAGCGAUUUUGCAAGUGUCUUUGACGAGGGCUAGUGCAGGAACAUCUCAUGGACCUCAAGAGAUACAACCGCUGGCUCUUUCCUUCAAUAAUCGACGUCUACAAGCACAGGAUCAUGAUGCAUUUGCAUCUAUGUUAUCGGCUAUUAUUCUAACUUCACGUGUUGAUUUUAUAUUCAAGGGAUCUGUCAACAUUGUUGCGCAGAUGGUCAUUGGUGACAUUCCGAUUAAUGGAAUUCCAUUCAAAAACAUUCACUCGAGUUUAGCUGGUUUCGAUGAUCUGACAGGUUUCUUGAAGCUAAAGAGGGUUUAUCCAGAAUCAUCGACGCCUCAGUAUCUGGAUAAUCGCCUCUUUUGUACGGUAUUCAAUCCUAGCAACAUCACUAUCAAGACGACUGGCCUUUCUUUACCACUGUUUUACAAAGGAACGUACUUCGGCCGCGCUCUUCUUAAUGAUAAGACUCUAAUACCUGGCGAGAGCAAUAUUGAUGCCAUUGCUCGGUAUCAGCCGAAUAUUGCUAAUGACACAGUCGCGCUCGAAGUUAUUCAAAAGUACCUGGAGCCUGUCGAGCAUCAGCCUGAAGAAAUUCCUUACAACUUUUCUGUGAAUAUCCAUGGCAUCUCGAAUGCAAAUCCCCCACUUUCUCCAUUCGCUUCAUUCAACCCUGGCCUUGAGAGGUUGACAGUAGACACCUCGGUCUCCGGCAUCGGUACCAGAGCGUUGGAGCUCGUCGAUGCCUACAUUGACAUUCUUAAGUUGUUCGCUGGUCCAGGGUUUAGACCUUUCGUUCCCCUUCUGCUCCACUUCAAGGACGAUCUUCCUAUGCCGCUACAAUUUUACAGCAUUUUGGAUGAGUCUUACAUUGCAGACGAAUCUCAUGACCAGCUACCUUUGAUCAUGUUCGACACCAAAAAUCUCAAAGAUUGUUACAUUCCUGCAGCAAAAGCUCCUAAAGUUGACCCGGGCAGAAAGAUUUGCGGAUUUUUCAGUAAUUCUCUUUUGGCGCGCGGUCUUCUUAAUUCACUUGAAGUGAUCGGCAAAAAAAUUGAAACCUUCAACCAGCUAGUGGCUCAGAUCGGUGGAAAGAAUGGCUUUACUCUCCCUGCAGUCAAAUUUAAUGAAUACUAUGUGCCAAUCACAAUUGUAUUGUCGAUUGGUGACACAGUAUUGUUUAACAUCACGACAGCUACAGAGUUGAUCGAUCAUAUUGGUGACGCUUUCAAGAAACUGAACAAAGGCCAAAAAGGACAAGUAGCUCAAGGUAUGAAAGGCCUCGAUCUUGAUCAGAUUGGAAAACUGGUGGAGAAUGGCUUCAAGGAUAUGGUUUGUAUUCUUGAGGAAUUUCUUCCUCUUGACUUUUUGGAUCUUGCUGGGUGCAAGAAAAAAUCUACGAGUAGCUCUUCGAGCUCUUCGGGUUCUGUCUCCAAGACAUUUAUUGGCAGUCAAAGUGGUUCUAACUCGGGUUCUUACCCUGGCAGAAGCAGUAAAGCUCAAGCAUCACCAAGCAAUGCAGCGAGUACGGCGGGACCCUCAUCCGGCGCAGGCAACAAUAAUAAGAACACGAAUGCCAACACCAACAGGAACAAAAACAACAACGACAAUAACAGCAACAACAGCAACAAUAACAAUAAUGAUAAUAACAGCGACCGUGCAGGCGGUUCAGGUGCCCAGACCUCGAGUAAAAGUCACAAUGGCGGUCUCUUUGGUGGUCUAUUUGGUUGA